GCAAGCUACUCCCAGCUGUGUAUAAAGGGAGAAGUAAAGAGAAGCACCUGCACGUUCAAACUUGGAGCAGGCAAAGGGAGGCUCGGAAACAGUGAAUUUUCCAGAAGAAAGUUUCCAGUGAGCAAUUUGCAAGCAAGAGCCAGCACCAUGAAAGGUUUCAUUGCUUUGGCCUUGGUUUCUGCCUUCCUGAAAAUGUGCUGGGCAAACCAUGAGGGACAGCUGGCAAAUGGCGGUGUUCUCACCAAGGGAAGGCCGAAUGACGAGAAGCUGCCUCUCUUCUUCCCGAAGCGUUUCUAUGAUGGUCUGUCUUACGAUGGAUUUGUAGGAUUGAUGGGAAGGAGAAUGGCUGGUGCAAAGGAGAUUCCUGUGGCUCAAAAACGGGACAUGGAUGAUUUCUUUGUUGGUCUGAUGGGAAGACGAAACAUGGAACUUGAUGAUUCAACUGCUUUAAAUAAAGAUGUUCCAGAGAGAAAAGGACACAGCACAUCCACCAAUUGCAAGCUGAGGGCUUGUCGGUCCAUUUAACGUCGGAAGGAAUCGGGGCCAUUAGAAGGAAGUGAUUGCUCCAUCUACCAAAGUACACACCUUUCCAAAUUAAGCUAGUAAAUGUGUUUUAAACAAAGGAAAAUUAUAUUUACAGUAGAAUUAUGUUUAUAUUCAGACUCUGCAUGGGUGUGGUGAUUUUGGUUUCAGAGAAUCAGUGUCCAUCUUCGUCGGCAGCCAAGGAGAUGAGGAAGAAAUUGUGGUGAGAACACUAUUCUGGAGCUGGAACUGGUGUUAUGCUUUAUAUCAUCUUCCUUACUGUCCACUCUAAAUAAAUAUGCACUUUCAUUUAAUGUUAUAAUUUCAGUGUAUCUUGCCCUUUAACUCUUCAUGUUCCUGUAG